AUCACCAAAAACGACAAGUUUUCCUUAGCCAACAAAGAAUUCCCAGAGUGUGUGUUUGUGUUGCGCAGUGAAAUCAAAAGAUGGACCAAUCUAACUUGAGCCAACAAGCUGGCCAAGCCAAGGGCCAAGCCCAGCAAAAGGGCAACCAGAUGUCGGACAAGGCUAGCAAUGCUGCACAAGCUUGCAAGGAUUCAGCACAGGAGGCUGGUCAGCAGGCGAAGUCCAAGGCACAAGGGGCAGCGGACGCUGCCAAGAAUGCAACUGGCAUGAAUUGAAGCUAAAUGGAUCCUCCUUCUAUGCAUGGAUCCCGCAUCAUCUUCUUUUUCCAAUCCGGCAAAAUUCAGAGUUUUUCAAUUUUUGCAGUUUUUCAUAUGUAGUGUUUGUUUGGCCUCUUUUCGACUGAAAAAGAGAGCUAUCUCAUGGAUGAUUUUAUCACCUUAAUCAAAUAAAUGGGAUUUUCUUUUA